GCGUCAUCAACAUGCGACCGGGAUUAUCUGUAUCUGUAUUUUUAUCAUCGUGCGUUUCAUUUGUAUACACUAUCUGACUAAGAGACACUGACAAAAUGAUCCAGGAACUGCUGUUGGCUCUAAGUGGAUAUCCUGGGACAAUAUUUACCUGGAAUAAGCGCAAUGGAUUGCAGGUGUCCCAGGACCUUCCGUUCCUCCACCCCAGUGAGACCAGUGUCUUCAACCGGCUCUGUAAAAUGGGCACUGACUAUGUGCGCUUCACAGAGUUCAUAGAGCAGCACACGGGUCAUGUCCACCAGCAGGAGCAUUACUGCAGCCAGCCGAGUCAGACUGAGCUUCAUGGCAUUUACCUGCCAGCGUUCUGCACCGGCCUCAACUCCAUGCUGCAGCCCUAUCGACAGGCUUUACUCGAUCUUGAAAAAGAGUUUCUUGGUGAUCCACACCUCUCCAUUUCUCAUGUAAACUACAUGCUGGAGCAGUUUCAGCUUCUCUUCCCCUCUGUGAUGGUUGUCGUUGAGACCAUCAAGUCUCAGAAGAUUCACGGCUGCCAGAUCCUAGAGACUGUGUACAAGCACAGCUGUGGAGGCCUGCCUCCUGUCAGGAUGGCCUUAGAGAAGAUUCUUGCAGUGUGCCAUGGCGUGAUGUAUAAGCAGCUGGCUGCGUGGAUGCUGCACGGGCUGCUGCUGGAUCAGAGCGAGGAGUUCUUUGUCAAGCAGGGCCCCAGCGCGGGUGGAGCCACAGCUGCACAGGAGGAGGAGGAGGAGGAAGACCUGGGCAUCGGAGGGCUGAGUGGAAAACAGCUCCGUGAGCUACAGGAUUUGAGACUGAUUGAGGAAGAGAACAUGCUCGCUCCAUCCCUGCAGCAGUUCUCCUUGUGUGCGGAGAUGCUCCCCUCAUACAUACCUGUUCGAGUAGAUGAAAAAAUCCUCUUUGUUGGGGAGUUGGUGCAAAUGUUUGAGGAUCACAACCAGAGCCCGUCCCGAGCUGGGUCUAUUCUGAAGCACCAGGAGGACAUGUUUGCAGCGAAGCUCCACAGACUCAAACAGCAGCCUCUCUUUAGUCUGGUGGACUUCGAGAAUCUCGUGGAUGGCGUUCGGAGCACGGUUGCUGAGCACUUAUGGUCCCUGAUGGUUGAAGAAUCUGAUCUUUUGGGACAGCUGAAGAUCAUAAAGGACUUCUACUUGUUGGGGCGAGGUGAACUGUGUCAGGUCUUCAUUGACCUUGCUCAACAUAGGCUGAAAACCCCACCAUCUGCCGUUACUGAACAUGAUGUCAAUGUGGCAUUUCAGCAAGCAGCUCAUGAAGUGUUGCUAGACGAUGACAAUCUUUUGCCCCUCCUGCAUCUCACCAUAGACUACCAAGGGAAAGAUCAACGCCACACGAGACUUUGAGAGCAUUCGACUGGUCCUGGUCUUUCAUUCUGCUCAAGCCUGUGUUUCACUGUUUGAAUGAGAUUCUGGACCUCUGUCACAACUUUUGUUCCCUGGUCAGUCAGAAUCUCGGGCCUCUGGAUGAAAGAGGAGCAGCGCAGCUGGAUAUUCUUGUGAAGGGUUUUAGUCGUCAAUCAUUCCUGCUCUUCAAGAUUCUUUCCAGUGUGCGUAACCACCAGAUAAACUCUGACUUGGCACAGCUGCUGUUACGACUCGACUACAACAAAUACUACACGCAGGCAGGAGGCACGCUGGGAAGGCAGGCAUCAGUGAUGCUGCUAUGCAUUAUUAAGCUGAUUCAUGUAAAAAUGAAACUCAUGUUGUUUGUUAUCCUACAGGUUUGGGCUAUAAUCCUGAAGAUCUGAGGCAAACUUCACACAAUGGUGCGUUUCAGCUUAUUAAAGCUGAAUAAGUUUGAAAUAAUACAAUAAGUGUGUUGAUUUGUAUAUUUAAAUUAUUGUAAGACAGGACUCUUGUCUGUCAAUUUGUGUCCAGCUUUUUCUGCACUCUCAUCUAAAACCAAGAUAUUUUAGAGAAGUAAAUAUAUUCCUUGAACGUGAAACACUUAAUUUGUAAAUACCAUAUGCUUUAUGAAAUAAAAUAGACAAGUGAA